UAGAAACAUUCUCUGUCCUGCCGGAGCCCUUCGCAGAUAUUUUGUUAGAUGAUAAUUUGAAGCCGCUUGCCUACCAGAGGGCGUAAUCGGCUGCCUCCAACUUCUGGCCCCUUAUGGCUCAGCAGUUUCAAGUACUGCGAUGCUGCUUCUGUCAUAUAUUUCAAGUCCAGCAGGUUAAAAAGAGCAAAAAAUGGAAUUGCAAAAUAUGUAAUGAAAAGCAGUCAGUUCUAAAGGUUUUUGGCCAGGGUUCUGGAUCUGAUUGCAGGCACCACGUACAAACAUUAAACUUGCUGCUAGGAGAGAGAGAGCAAGCACCUGUCAAUAUGCCUUGGUAUACAGAAGAACCAGAAGAGAGAGAGAAUAAGAACACAGUUGGUCAGCUGGAAGAGAAUUUGGAUUGGCAGGAAGAAAAGGCCAGCCGUUGGAAUAAAUAUCUGGACAAAAGCUGUGAAGAUGAAGAGAAAAUGUUGCAUACAGAAAAACAGACCUACUCUUCUUUUAAGAACAUAGCAGAAGAUUCAAGGAAACAUAAGAAAACCAGCUUAGACAAAACUGAUGCCCAGAGGGCUAAAGAAAAUAGAGUUCCUCAAUUUGGAAGUAACCCCGGAAGAAAUUCAUUCAAAGAGACACAAGCCAGUGAAAAUGCUGUGCAUGGAAACAUGGGAAUUCUUGUUGUUGAAGAACUUCCGGUACAUGGAAAGAAUGAAGACCCGGGGUUAAGAAAUUCUGUGAUUUCUAACUGGAAGACAUCUUUUUUGUCAGAGACUUUUAAAGAGAGUAUGGUUUCCACUGAAUUGGAGGGUCAGGUGUCUAUAGUCCAAAGUUCAUCUGCUGCUGCUGCUAGUGAUAAAAUAGCCAACUUCAUUGACAGCCCCCCAAACUGGCAGCAUAUUCCAAGACAGACUGCCUGUGUCUUCCAAGAUAAUAUACAGAAGGCUAGUGAGCGUACUGAAGCAGCCAACAUACCAAAUGAAAAAAACAGAGAUUCUUCUCUUUUGCCUAGUGCUAAUCUUCAAAGGAUGUUAUCAAAGGUACCUACCACCAUUCCUUCAGUACAUCCUUCUGCUUUCUCUAGUGCAACAGGUCGAUAUAGUAGCCUCUUUUCUACUGGAGAUGAUUUUGAUGACUACCUUUGAAGAAUAGCUAGGCAUUCUGCUGGUUUCAUAUGAUUACUGGCUUUGUUUACUCAUUAUUUGCAAUGGCUUAAAAGAACCUUACUUCAAAAACAUCUUUAAAAGAUGUGUGUUCAAAAAUGGGCGUAGGCACAUACUAGGUUGUCUUGCUGUUCUGAUACAGUGGACUACCGCAAUAAUGCAGCUUUACACACAGGGACCAUCAGCUAGUAUUGGUCUGGUCUGAAAUUGUCAGUCAUUUAGAUUCCCACUCACCUACGGAAGUAUUUCCAUCAGCAGAAUGUGGACUUUGCCUUUCCCCUCCCACUACAGCUUGGGGAGGGUGAAUAGAAAUCUUCCUUAAGAUCAAACCGAGUUGGUUUACUGGUAGGAACAGGUAGACCAGAUAGAAGCAGUUGCUUUUCUCUGGCAUUUUCUCUACUCCAAGUUUGAUUUUUUUUUUGUUUCCCCGUCAUGUGCCUUUCCCUACUCCUUUUCACUUCCAUUCUUUGCUGGACCUGGUAUGUUGGGUGACUGUGCCUGGGAGAUGUAAAAGUUGACAAAUUGCAUCAUUGUAUAUAAGUGAGGUACUUUUGCAACUAAUUACUGUCAGCAGUUAUUGUCUUCAUUCAGUUCCUAUUGUCAAUUCAUACUUACUAUUAAAGGCUGAAAAAUCUUUGAAGCGCAGGACGACCCCUUCAUAGAUUAGGUUAUGGAUUGCCUUAUUAAGAGUGCAAAAAACAAUAGUGUUGGGGUGAUGAUCCUUUACCCCUCUCCCCGUUCACUUGUAUGUAAGCCCAGCAUCAGAAAAGUGAUUUCAUUGUACAGCAAAGCAGCCCCUUCCCACUUUAAAUAUGGAUCUGCCUUUUACAGCGUGUGUGUAAUCUAAAGGAAUAUAAUUUAUUGCCGUCAACAAAAGUU